AUGCGGAGCGUCCACCCGGGGAGUCCAAUAUGGGGCUGCAUGCGAAACCCACAUCACCCGGGGGGACAGGUCAACCUCCAGUCGCCCUACCAGCCUCAGCCUCCCUUCUCCCUGCACCAGAAGCCCGAUUACCUGGCCUACACAGCGGACUUCAACCCCGGCGCCUGCCUAGUGCCCUCACCAUACCCCAGGGACGACAGACUCUACCAAACCGAUGUCCAGGCGGGAUACCAAAGAGUUGCAGAGUGGCAGUUCGGAGCCAGUCGUCCAGAGAUUUGCCCGCCUGCGCCUCCGUCGGCCGGGGUGGUCCCAGUGGGGGUCUCUGUUGGAGGGGGCAGUGUGGUGGCAGAUAUGGAUAGUGUGGAUAGGAUGCCAGCGGGAUGCCUGGACGGAGAGUAUUCGCCACAGAGCGUGGCGUCGGGCGAUUCGGACAAGAAGAGCAGCAGCAAGAGGAAGAGAGAUGCCACAGAUGUGCAGGACUCCAGUUUUAAGGUGGACUCCAGCUGUAAGGCGAGGAAGGAGCGCACGGCCUUCACCAAAGAGCAGCUUCGGGAGCUGGAGGCCGAGUUCACGCACCACAACUACCUGACCAGACUGAGGCGCUACGAGAUCGCCGUCAACCUGGACCUCACAGAGAGACAGGUGAAAGUGUGGUUCCAGAACAGGAGGAUGAAGUGGAAGAGGGUGAAAGGCGGACAGUCCGGAUCUCCAAACGAACUGGACAAUGACGACAUAGACUCUGCCGCCUCCCCCAGCUCUGAAUGA